UCCUAUACCUAACAUCGGGCAAACGUGCAUGAUACCCAGGACUCACUCUUUCGGCAUAUCAAAUCCACCACUUUGAUUAAGUCCAGUUCACUCACUUGGGAGUCCAUUCUGCUUCUGCAGACAACACGCUGUCGCUAAGUUCAAUCUUACCCCAUGGACAUGCAGUGAUACCAAACAACGCAAUUACACAUUGAUCAGCGUCCAUAAGUCAUUCGUGUGAACAAUUUGCAAGAAGUGUACUAUAUCGGUCUUCUCAAACCCUACUGGAGGAGAUCAACCUCCAGUCCGCCACCAUGGCCGAAGGUGAACCAUCAUACAUAGACUACGAGACCUUCUUAGACCCCGACUUCUCAGCGGCCUCCUUCGCCAAUUCAUUGGUAGUCGCCACCAACAAUGCCACCGACACCCCGCUAGAUCUAUCAACGCCGCUAUCGCGCGUGCUGUUCGAUCUCCAGGAAAUCGAUACCCACAUCCACACGCUAACUAGCAAAUCGGCGCUCCCCCUGCUGACGCACACGCGGGACCAAACCGCGGCAGCGGGAAAGAUCCUCAAGGAGUCCGAGGAGCAGAUCGCCUCCGUGUCGCAGGGCUACGAGCGACUACAGCGCGAGGUCCUCCGCAAGUGGGAGACAGCCGACGAGACCCGCGUCGCCGCAGAGAAGUCGCUCGCUACGGCGCGGCUCGCCCGGGCCGUCGCGCGUUGCAUCACGCUCAGCCGGCAGCUAGAAGGCCAACUGCCCGAAAUUACAGGCCGCGGUGCGGGCGGGAGCGGCGACGGCACGAAUUCGCCCAACCCAUCCCGCGAGGACUACCGGGCGUUGGAGCGCGCAGCAUCUACCAUCGUCGGCCUGCGGCGCAUGUUUUCGGCCUCGGAGCCCGGCGAGGAAGGCCACGGGCUGGACCGGGUCAAAGUCGUGCGGACGCUGCGCGGCGAGCUCAUGAUUCCGGCCGAGAACAUGGUCAAGGGGAGAGCGCAGCAGGCUAUCACGCGGUUCUCCAUGUCCACCAUCGCCACCGGCGGUACGGGGUCCCAGGCGCAGUCGGGCUACAAGCAGGCGCGCGAGGCCCGCGCGCGCCUCGUCUCCGCCGUCACCAUCCUGUACGUGCUGUCGCCGGUCCCCAAGCAGCUGCAGUCGCCGUCCGACUUCCAGCCCGAGCUCCUCCUCUCCGCGCUGCAGGGCUACAUGAACGCGGCGAUCCUGUCCUCGCUAAACGCCCUAUCGCGGGCAAUCACCACGCCGCCGAUCCUCGAGCGCACCCUCAACGAAGUCGCCGCCAAAUGCCAGGACAUAUUCGCGCUCGAAGCCAUCCUCGGUAAUAUCCGGGCCCCAGCCCACCCUCUCCUCCCGGCCGUUUCCGCCAGCGACAGCACCGACAAGGGUAGCAGCAGCAACAACAGCAACCUGGUCCAGCCACUCCACGCCGCCCUCGACACGACCUCCCUCCCAUCCUACUUCUGGCGCUCCCUCGCUUCCUCGUUAGCCAUGCGCGCCCAGGAGAUCCUCACACGCGGGGGCGUCGCAGCGCGGACCCUCCGCGCAGGCAAAGACCACCUGAAACGCGAAGUCCGAGAAUGCGUGUUGCGCGGGUCGCAACUACCGACGUCGAUCCUGGGCGCCGAACGCCGACUAGGCAGCGAGACGGGGACGACGAACGAGCGAACGUGGGAACGCGAGGCGGCUGUGAUGGUCGGCGCCGUGACCAUGACCAAUGUACCUGAUCGGUAGAAAGUGACACAAGCUA